AUGUUCCGUCUCGCUAAAUCUCUUCAACUUGGAGCUUCUAUCGCUCGCAGAAACUUCUCAGCUGCUUCUAUCCUCCGCAAAGCUUCACCAAUCACUUCAACCUCCUCCAUUGGCUCUUCUGCACUUGACCGUGCUACCCUUACCAUCCGCGAUGGCCCCGUCUUCCAUGGUAAAUCCUUUGGAGCAAAUACUAACGUCUCCGGCGAAGCUGUCUUCACUACCUCUCUCGUAGGUUACCCGGAGUCAAUGACUGACCCUUCAUACCGUGGCCAAAUUAUUGUCUUCACCCAACCUUUGAUUGGCAACUAUGGUGUCCCCUCCUCCACCGCCCGUGACGAUUUCAACCUUCUCAAGUACUUUGAGUCCCCUCACAUCCAGUGCAUCGGCAUUGUCGUCGCUGACAUUGCCAUGCAAUACUCCCAUUGGACUGCCGUCGAGUCUCUUGCAGAAUGGUGCCAGCGUGAAGGUGUUGCCGCCAUCACUGGAGUUGACACCCGUGCUCUUGUCACCUUCUUGCGUGAACGUGGUUCUUCUCUUGCUCGUAUCACCAUUGGUGAGGAAUAUGAUGCCGACGAAGAUGAAGCCUUUGUUGACCCUGGUGCCAUCAACCUUGUCCAAAAAGUUUCUACAAAGUCUCCCUUCCAUAUUUCCGCUGGUGCUGAUGCACAUGCCCAUGUCGCUGUCAUUGACUGCGGUGUUAAGGAAAAUAUUUUGCGUUCACUUGUUUCUCGUGGUGCUGAUAUCACUGUUUUCCCCUACGACUACCCUAUCCACAAAAUUGCUCACCACUUUGAUGGUAUCUUCAUCUCUAACGGCCCCGGUGACCCAACCCACUGCCAGUCCACCGUCUACAACCUUAAGAAGACUAUGGACACUUAUGAGGGCCCCAUCUUUGGUAUCUGUCUCGGCCACCAGCUUUUGGCCUUGGCCACUGGUGCAAAGACUGUCAAGCUUAAAUACGGUAACCGUGCCCACAAUAUCCCUGCUCUCGAUCUCAUGACUGGUCGAUGCCACAUCACAUCCCAGAACCAUGGUUAUGCUGUUGAUGCUAGCACUCUCCCUGCUGACUUUAAGCCCUACUUUAUCAACCUCAAUGACCAGUCCAAUGAGGGUAUGAUUCAUACCUCCAGACCCAUUUUCUCUACCCAAUUCCACCCUGAGGCUAAGGGUGGUCCUCUUGAUUCAGCUUUCCUGUUUGAUAAGUACAUUGAAGAUGUUAAGGAGUAUAAGCUUAAGCAAUCUCUUAACACCCGACCCAGUCCUCUUUUUGUUGACAUGCUUGCUAAGGAACGUGUUGGUGUUGAAGUUCAUCCCCAAAAUUAA